GAAGGGGGGGGGGGGCGAUGUUAUAUCCCCACCAUACUGUUAUAAACCAUACAUUAAGUCUUCCGUCUUAUAAUUUGAGAAUUUUCUAGGUAAACCUAUUUGUAUUUCAGUGAAAUUAACUGCGGCACGGCUGCAAGUGUUUGUUGACUCUGACUGAAGGUGAACUCGUCGGUCUGGUUCAUCUGCCCUAUACCCCGAGUCACAUGACUCUGAGGUAGUAUGAUGGUAGAAUCUGAGAGGGAAGCCUUAUAUCACUACCAGUGUUAACUUAAUAUGAAAUAAAAAAAAAAAUCCCGCACUCACUGUCCAGUCUUUUUAAGGUUGAACAUAUUUGAAUGCUGCAAAGAUGAGAACGUAUCAACGCAUUUUAAGCAGCCUUUAAAGAAUGCUUCAACAUUCAGGGUGUGUACCGUGGGGGCGGAGCCAGGUGUUAGGGGAGGGGCCAGGUGUAAGGGGAGGAGCCAGGUGUUAGGGAAGGAGAGGAGAGGACGUCAUGUUGAGGAAACGAAACUUAUGGUUCAUAGAGACCAAAGCCAACCGACGUGGAAGCAGUUCUCUCUUUCGGGAGGAAAAUAAAACACAUUUUUGUAAAAAAUAGUCUGACAGACAGUAACAACUAGGUUGAACAUAAUUCAAUGCCGCAAAGAAGAGAAAACAUCAACGCAUCAAAGUAGCCUACACAGUGCAUGAAUGCACCAAAGUCUGAGUGUGUUUGUGUGGGCGGAGCCAAGGGUUAAGGGAGGAGCCAUGUGUUAGGGGAGGAGAGGACGUCAUAUUGAGGAAACGAAACCAAAGCAACCCACGUCAAAGCUGUUCAACCGUUCAGGAGAAAAAUAAAACGCAUUUUGGAACAGAAAGUCUGACAGUAAGAACAAGUAAGUAAAACAGCACAACUUUGAGAAAGUUAAAUCCUCUCUUCCCGUUAUCGAAUUAGAAAUCUAUAAUUGCUCAAUACAUAAACCUUGUCGUCUGUGUCUAGGAAUGGCCUGUGCUAACACUUCCUGGUCUGAAGAGAACUUUUCAUGUUCCAUCUGUCUGGAUGUGUUCAACAGUCCAGUUACCACCACAUGUGGACACAACUUCUGCAGAACCUGUAUUACAAAAUUCUGGGAUGGACAAGUCAAGUACAAAUGUCCUGUUUGCAACAAGCUUUUCAACACAAGACCUGAUCUACAGGUCAAUACCUUCUUAUCAGAGCUGGCUGCUCAGAUUAGAACAACCGUACGAGUAAAAGAGCAGCCUUGCGUUGAACCAGGAGAAGUUCCCUGUGACGUCUGUACUGGGACUCAGCUGAAGGCUGUGAAGUCCUGCCUAAUGUGUUCUACCUCUUACUGCCAAACCCACCUGGAGCCACAUCUGAGAGUCACUGGCCUGAAGAAACAUCGGCUGGUCGAGCCUAUGGACCGUCUGGAAGACAGGAUGUGUAAGAAACACGACCGACUUCUGGAGCUCUUCUGCCAGACUGAACAGGUGUGUGUGUGUGUGUUGUGCACAGUGACAGACCACAAGUUCCAUCCUGUUGUACCUCUAAAGGAGGAAUAUGAAGUGAAGACGGCCCAGCUGGGGAAGAUGGAGUCUGACGUUCCGCAGAAGAUCCAGGAGAGAAAACAAAAGAUUAAGGAGAUCAAAGACACAGUGGAACUGAGCAACAAAGACGCAGACAGAGAGAUAGCCCAUGGUGGGCAGGUCUUCACUGCUCUGAUAGGCUGUGUUGAAAAGGGCCGGGAUGAAUUCAACCAAACGGUUAAAGAGAAACUGAAAUCCACAGUGAAACGAGCUGAAGACCUCAUCAAAGAGCUGGAGCAGGAAAUAGAAGAUCUGCCCAAUAGAAGCUCAGAGGUGAAGAGGCUCUCACACACUGAAGACCACCUCCACUUCCUCCAGACCUUCAGAUCCCUGAAGGAUCCUCCACCCACCAGGGACUGGACCACGGUGGAGGUCCGUCCUCCGUCAUACGCAGGGACCUUGAGGAGAUCCCUGGAUCAGCUGGAGGAGACACUGAACAUGGAGAUGAAGAAGCUGCCUGAUGAUGCUGGACUGAAGAGGGUCCAGAAGUAUGAAGUAGAUGUGACUCUGGAUCCUGAUACAGCUCAUCCCCGUCUCAUCCUGUCUGAGGAUGGGAAACAAGUACAUGAUGGAGAUGAAGAGAAGGCCCUCCCACACAACCCUAAGAGAUUUACAGAGGAUAGAUGUGUUCUCACGAGGCAGAGCUUCUCCUCAGGGAGAUUUUACUUUGAGGUCCAGGUUAAAGACAAGACUGAAUGGUGUUUAGGAGUGGCCAGAGAGUCCAUCGACAGAAAAGGUGAGACAGAGCGGACCCCUGAGACGGGAUACUGGACUCUGGACUACGACGAGGAUAUGUUGGUAUUUAGAGAUAACCCUGAUGUCGAUCUCCCUCUGAGAGCUGAGCUCCAGAAGGUGGGGGUGUUUGUUGAUUAUGAUGAGGGUCUGGUCUCCUUCUAUGAUGUGGAAGCCAGGGUUCAUAUCUACUCUGCUACUGGCUGCACCUUCACUGAGCCUCUCUAUCCAAUCCUCGAUCCAUGGUUCAACUCUGCCCCCCUGAUCAUCUCACCUGUCAAUCAAACAGACUAGGACAUUUGUUUGAUAAUAAAAUAAUCAAACAACCAAAACAACUAAUGUUGUUUCCUGAAUUAGAAUAGAAUUAGAAUCUCUACUAUGUGAGAUCUGGGAGAUCUGCUUUAAUGUCAUACUGCUGUCAUUUAACGAGGAGAAUAUCUAUAAGAAUUAACCCUGCAGUUGUGUAAUAUAACACUUUAUAAAGGGUUAUAUUGCACGCCAUUUAUGUGUCUGUUUUCCCUUUAUUUAUUUUACAUGCUUAAAGAUAUACAAUUUGUUGCAGUUAUGUAGAACAUGUUUAGAGAAUUAACAUGUAUAUAUAAUAUUAACAAUUCUAUUGGUUUUGAUUUCUGAUUAUUGAAUGACCAAACAAUUCAAUGUUUUUACACUUUUUUUUUUUUUUU